AUGGCAACAACGGCUAUAUUUCUCACCAUUGCAUGCCUCACAUACUUCACCACCAUACUCAUCAUAACACAUGCUUCAACAACAACAAACAACGAAAUCCAGGCCUUAACAACCUUCAAACUAAACCUCCUCGACCCACUCAACUCACUAACAACCUGGAACACAUCAACCCCAUCACCACCAUGCGACUGGCACGGCAUUCUCUGUUCCAACAACAGAGUCCACCAAAUACGCUUACCUCGUCUUCAACUAUCCGGCACCAUCUCUUCAUCACUCUCCAAACUCACACAACUCCGCAAACUAAGUCUCCAUUCCAACAACCUCAUUUCCUCAAUCCCUCCCUCUCUUUCUCAAUGUCUCUUCCUCCGCGCCAUUUAUCUUCACAACAACUCCCUCUCUGGAAACAUCCCUCCCUCACUUCUCAACCUCACCAACCUUCAGGUUCUUAACUUUGCUGCUAACUUUCUCUCCGGCACUAUCCCAAACCGUCUCUCUAACUCCCUACGCAUCCUCGACCUUUCCUCCAACUCAUUCACCGGCAACAUCCCAGGGAACCUUACCUCCAACUCCCAGCUUCAACUCAUCAACCUCUCUCACAAUGGCCUCACAGGCCAAAUACCUGUUACAGUUGGAGCUUUACAACAGCUGCAAUAUAUGUGGCUAGACAACAACCGUCUCCACGGAACAUUACCUUCUGCUAUAUCAAACUGUUCCUCUAUGGUGCACCUCAGCAUAGACGAAAAUUCCAUUGGCGGGUUGAUCCCUUCUACCAUAGGGACAAUGCCAAAGCUUCAAGUGCUGUCACUUUCCCUUAAUCAACUUUCUGGUUUUGUCCCCACAACCCUCUUUUGCAAUCAAAACAACAAACACAAUAAUACUCUUCGAAUUCUUCAACUUGGCUUUAAUAUGCUCACGGGUAUUUCGAAUCCGCGAAAUGGAAAAUGUGAUAAUCAUUUUUUGGAGAUUCUAGACCUUAAAGAGAAUCACAUUAUUCAAUCUUUGUUUCCUUCUUGGUUGACCAAUGUGAAAUCUUUGAGGACUCUUGAUCUCUCUGGAAACUCUUUUUCAGGCUAUCUGCCUCGAGAUAUUGGAGAUCUUUUCUUGUUGGAAGAGUUGAGACUUUCUGAUAAUUCGUUAUCCGGUGUUGUUCCGAGUAGUAUUGUGGAAUGUAGUUUGUUGAAGGUUCUUGAUCUUCGAAGGAAUCGAUUCUCAGGUCUUGUUCCUUAUUUCCUUGGAGAGUUGAAGAGUUUGAAGGAGUUAUCUCUUGGGGGUAACUUUUUUACUGGUUUGAUUCCAAAGAGUUAUGGAGGUCUUUAUGAGUUAGAGAUUUUGGAUUUAAGCAACAAUAAGCUGAAUGGGGUUUUGCCUUUGGAGAUUAUGCAGUUAGGAAACUUGGGUGUUUUGAAUCUCAGCAAUAAUAGAUUCUCCGGUCAAGUUUCGUAUCGUAUUGGAGGCUUAAAAAGUUUGCAGGUUCUUAAUUUGAGCCAAUGUGGGUUUUCUGGUAGUGUUCCAUCUACACUUGGGAGUUUGAUGAAACUGAGGGUGUUGGAUUUAAGCAAACAAAAUCUUUCAGGUGAGAUACCUGUGGAGGUUUUCGGAUUACCUAGUUUGGAAGUUGUGGCACUUGAUGGAAACAGUUUGAGUGGUUCUGUUCCUGAGGGUUUCAGCAGCAUUGUUAGUUUAAGGUAUCUUAAUAUUAGUUUCAAUGAUUUUGUUGGCAACAUUCCAACAACUUAUGGUUUCCUAAGUUCGUUGGUUGUUCUUUCUUUGUCUCACAAUUUCAUUUCUGGUUCAAUACCUAAUGAGAUUGGUGGUUGUUCUCAACUUGAAGUGCUUCAGCUUCAAUCGAAUCGGUUAGUAGGUAACAUCGUUCCGAGUGUUAUCUCUCACCUUACUCGUUUAAAGGAGCUGAGUUUAGGAAACAAUGGACUCAAAGGUGAAAUCCCAGAUGAGAUUUCCAAGUGUUCUUCUUUGAACUCACUUGAUUUGAAUGGUAAUCACUUAACCGGUCACAUACCGCUAUCCUUGUCCAAGUUAUCAAAUUUGAAGGCUUUGAAUCUGUCUUCAAAUCAAUUGACAGGAGAAAUUCCAGUUGAUCUUUGGCGCAUAUCCGGUUUGAAGUACUUAAAUGUUUCCAACAACGACCUCGAGGGUGAGAUUCCACAAAUGCUGAGUUCUAGAUUCAAUGACCCUUCUGUGUUUGCAAUGAACAAGAGGCUAUGUGGGAAACCAUUGCAUAGAGAUUGUGCAAAAGCGAGAAGACGAAAGAGAAAAAGGCUAAUAAUCAUCAUAGCUGUUGCAGUUGCAGGACUAUGCUUUCUAGCAUUGUUUUGUUGUGGCUAUGUUUACAGUCUUUUAAGGUGGCGAAAGAAGCUUCGAGAAGGAGUAACAGGCGAGAAGAAACGUAGCUCAACAAGUGCAGGCUCAAAUGGAGAAAGAAACAGUCGAGGAAGCGGUGAAAACGGAGGACCAAAGUUAAUAGUCUUCAACAACAAAAUCACAUACGCCGAAACACUAGAAGCAACAAGAAACUUCGAUGAAGAAAACGUUCUAAGCAGAGGAAAACACGGACUUGUCUUCAAAGCCUCGUAUCAAGAUGGAAUGGUUCUAUCAAUUCGUAGACUUCCAAACGGAUCAACAUUGAUAGAAGAAAACACAUUCCGCAAAGAAGCAGAAUCGUUAGGCAAAGUUAAGCAUCGAAACUUAACAGUUCUACGCGGCUAUUAUGCAGGACCACCACCUGAUGUAAGACUACUAGUCUACGACUACAUGCCAAAUGGAAAUCUAGGUACAUUGCUUCAAGAAGCUUCGCAACAAGACGGUCAUGUUUUGAAUUGGCCAAUGCGUCAUUUAAUCGCACUAGGCAUUGCUCGCGGAUUGGGUUUUCUACACUCUGUCGAAAUUGUUCAUGGCGAUGUUAAGCCACAGAAUGUUCUUUUUGAUGCUGAUUUUGAAGCACAUUUAUCCGAAUUCGGGCUAGACCGGUUAACAAUGGUUAGUAUCCCAACAGAAUUAGCAGAGUCGUCGUCUUCAACAACAAUCGCAGUUGGUUCGUUGGGUUAUGUCGCGCCAGAAGCUGUGCUAACAGGACAGGUGACAAAGGAAGGAGAUAUAUAUAGUUUCGGGAUAGUGUUGUUGGAGAUACUGACAGGAAGAAAAGCUGUUAUGUUUACGGGUCAAGACGAAGAUAUAGUGAAAUGGGUGAAGAAACAGUUACAAAAAGGUUUGAUUUCGGAGCUGUUGGAACCUGGUUUGCUUGAGAUUGAUCAGGAAUCAUCAGAAUGGGAAGAGUUUUUGUUAGGUGUUAAGGUUGCACUUCUUUGCACAGCACAUGAUCCUCUUGAUAGACCUUCUAUUAAUGAUAUUGUUUUCAUGCUUGAAGGUUGUCGUGUUGGACCUGAUAUACCUUCCUCUGCUGACCCAACCACACUACCUUCACCUGUUUCUUGA